GAAAUGCCAAUGGAACAAUCGAUAUUGAAAAUUUUCGAUUGUGUAAAAAUGGCUGAAACCAGAUAUUCACUUCUGCUAGAGACAAAAUAGCUGAUGCUAAAUAACAAAAAUAUAUUAUGAUUCGGAAUAAAGUAUGCUAUAAUUUAUUUUUUCUGAUAACUUUCGAAUUAAUGUCGAAAAUUCAUCCAUCUUCUCAUGGACACAAUAAUGCCUUCGUACAAGCUAAUAAUGAGGUCCAAUAUCUGUUGGACAACAUUCCGGUAUCCAUGCAUAAGGGAUUUGCUAGUUCAGUGGAUGAAGCUAGAGAUGCUAUAUCAGAUGACAAUGCACGUGACUCGAUAUCAUAUCUACAGUUUGAACCAAAUGUACUGGAUUUUAAAGAAAGACAACUUGGUGUACCGCACCAAGAGACUGUGACCCUACAUAACAGGGAUUGUAACAAGACGAUACAUUUGUCAUCAAUUUCUGGAAAUACGCAACAUUUUCAUUCCUCCUUCUUUCAGGAUAAAGUAAUUCCACCGCUGGGUAACACUACGUUUAACGUUGUAUUUCUCGGUCGAGAGGAAGGUGACAUUGACAGUCAUUUAUUCAUCCAUACUUCGGAUGGCACUUUGAAAUAUCAGGUUCGAGGCAUAAGCAUUAGCAGUCCAUACCGGUUGCGACCUGUAGUGGGGAUAAAGCUGCCAUUAAAUGCAUCUUUUACACCGCUCAUAUACCUGCAUAAUCCACAUCCUGAACCAAUGCAGGUAGUAGAGGUAUACAGCAGCGGAGGUGAAUUUCAAUUGGAGCUUCCAUCGGGUCAGGCAGAAGGGCCACGAGAGUUAUGGGAAAUACCUCCUUACCAAACAAAACCCGUGAUUAGACUACGCUUCAAUGCACAUACCGAAAAAAAUCAUACAGCCUAUAUUAGGUUCAAGGUCAAUAAUAGUGCUGAGGUGUUAGUGGUAGCUGUUGAAGUAGAAGUUGGCAGUGGAGCUGGUCUUCACUGGGGGGGGAGUUCAGGGGUGAUUAAUUUAGGCAUAGGAGGUUCGCUCCAGCCUCCUAUUCAUUACCCUAUAACUCUAAAAAAUUCAGCUAAAAAACCAGUUAAAGUGCUGAACGUAAUAAGCACACCUGUAUCCAAGGCAUUGAAAAUUAAUUUUGAUCCAGUCAUUAUUCCGGGUGAUACAGAAAUAGCAAUCGCCGUUGGUACGCUGAUUUAUGACUUAAAAGCAGGGUUAGAUUUACAACAUUUCAAAGGAAAAUUAGUUAUAAAAGGCAUCGGGCCUGGGGGCUCUAGUCAAAAGCUAACGAUCCCCUGGACAGUGGAAGUUUUAUCGGGGGGUCUAGAAGUAAAUACUUCCGUAACACAUUACUGUGCUCCAUAUUCUAUACAGCCAAGAAACUUUACUGUCAUCAACAAGUAUAAACUACCGCUCGCCAUUACCAAUGCAUCUCUAUCACCGGAAGCCAAAAGAAUUUUUUUGAUAAAAAACUUUGUUCCAAAAGUGCUCAAAGCAGGACAAAAGGCAAACAUAUUCUCAUUGCUGUUGUCGAGUGAGAGAAAGUCCGAAAAUUUGCAACUGGAAUCGUCCAUAUUAAUUUAUUCGAACGUCUCUACGACACAAGUACCACUGUUAAGUUACGAUGGAAAAGUUAGAAAAGUUAUACCAGGCGAGGAAGAAAAUGAUAAGGGCACGAUGAAUUUUGGGACUGUUGGAAGUGGGACUGAAAAUGAAGCUAUUUUUGCUUUAGAAAAUCACAAUCCUAUAAAUGUCGAACUGCAUGGCUGGGGUGUAAACAUGCCUGGAGCUGUUUUGGAAUUGAUGGGAUGUCAGAGCGGGCCGACUCAGCUAUUCAACAAAGGCAUUCGCAAUAUAAGUGUUUGCAGCCAAAUAGGGAAUCAAAGCAUAAAACCAGGGCAUUUAGCGGUCUUCAAAAUAAAAGUGAAAACGGCUGUGGUCGAAGAAGAUACAAUAGUUGGAGAAGUUUUCGUAAGAACGUCUUACGAACGGUUGACAGUACCUGUUUUCAUGCGGGUAGCUCACGGACGAAUCUCUGUGAAGAAACUCACUUUCACGGAUUGUUUCCCAGGAGCCGUUUGCAUGCAUCAAAUAAAAGUACACUCGACAUUUGCUAGGCCAAUGGAAGUAACUUCGGUGACACCAUUUAACAAGGAUCAUCGUCUGAAAUAUGUUCCGAUGGGUGAAACAGCUCUGCCUGUUAUAUCAAAAGGAGAUAAUCAUAUCGGCUCCAUCACAUUUGAUUCCUCUAUAGCUUGCAAGCAGCAUUGUUAUUUGGGAUUGUCUCUUAACACGAGCGCUGGUAAUCAAUGGUUAAAUACAUUGAGUCUUCCUUCACAUACUCGUGACUCCGAUUUAAAUUUACUAAACACACGAUACACACGUUAUUUAAACUCAACUGGAGGGGGCUCUUGGGAAAACCUUACAAUUCGCUUGGAUACUACCGAAGUAAGGGGGCACAGAUUUAACGUGAAUAUAAAGCACUACUGGCCGAGUCUUCUGAGUAACUCGGGAAACUUAAAAAAUAAAAGCUCCUUAAUGUUCCCGCUCACUCAAGUGGGAAAUACUUCGUACAAGACAAUCAAAAUAAGUAAUCCAAGUUCUAACCCAUUACUGGUGCAGCUGGUAUUAGAUUGGAGUUACCCACAGGGAAUGAGACUUUACCAUUCUUUGCCGAACAAAUUUAAGCCUAUUUGUUUGGAUUGUCCAACGACAAUACCCAGUGAAUUUAAAAUGGAAGAGAAUUCAGUUGAGAGGGAAUUGUUUGAAAGACAUUGGAACGUUGUAGUUCCAGCCCAAUCUCUGCCUCUUUAUCUCAGUCCACAUGAAUUAAAAACUGUACGAAUAACUUAUACACCUACGUUGGCUAGUACAUCGUCAGCACUUUUGUACAUUAGGAACAAUAUGACUAUUUUAGAAGUGUUACGCCUUGUUGGUCGUGGAGCACAUGCACAGUUCAAAUUUGGCAACCGUAAACCAGGGUCCGCUACGCCUCUGCUUUUCGAGCUGGCGGAUAAACAUCUUAAGGACUGCGAGCGUGAACGGCUGAGGCGAAGUCCGACCCCCAAUCUGACCGUGAAACGUUCGUUUACUGCCAGAAAUACGGGCGAAUUGCCAAUAGAUAUUCAUGGAUUUUAUAUCAGUGGUCUACACUGUGAAGGAUACGGAUUCAAAGUACUCAAUUGCGGACCUUUUAAACUGAAUCCAAAUGCAACAAAGAAAAUUGAAAUAGCCUUCACACCAGACUUCACGCUGUCGCGUAUUGAGAGAGACUUACUGAUUUUAACUAGUUUGGGAACUGACGCAGUUCAAGUUGAAGGUGUCAAUGAAAAUGGAAUGGCGAGACUAUCCUUACUGACUACUGUCCCAGCUCAUACCCUAGAGGCUUGUGCGGCUGUAAUAACAAGACCCACUUGGGAACGAUCUGUACAACUAGCAGCAAUGAGCCUUUCCACUAUAUUGCUCAUAUGUAUUCUUGCCAUUUCGUUUCUCGAAGCAGAUAGAAUUCUUCGUGGCGCGUUGGUCAAUUUGUCUAAGAGUGGCCCUAUACAGCCUCCUCUCGAUCUUAGAUUGUUAGCACACGUCACAACACCAUCUACGCAAAACAAUAAUCUUACUAAAGAUUAUAAGUCUAGUAAAAGAGAUGAAAUUUUGCCAAAUUGGUCACUUAUGAACGUGAAAAGGAUGAAAGAAAAGGAUACGCAACGAGGAAUAAAAAUUCCAGAUUGGACGCAUGAUGAAGAACGUCGAUUUAAGAUAGAUACCGAAUCGAAAGAGGUAUCCGCAUCUAAAAAAUCCGACGACUUGCUGUCUACAGAAAAUAACAAUAGUACCAACAACGGUACAGCUUGCUUAGGAGUAAGGAAAAGAACCAAUAGAAAACACAACGUUAGUCAAGAAGUUAUACAGACGGAAACUCCUACCGUACUCGAAGCUGCAUCUGCUUUGGACAUGCAAAUCAGGUCAGAGAAAAAGUACUCGACUACCAGUCCACCAAAGUCAAGUCCUACAAUUAGUAAAAAGAGUAAGUCGACUCCACCUACAAAUACAAUCGUAUCUGCUGUUAAAGUGGAAAUAAAAGUCACUGAAAACGAGGUAGAUCGAGAAAAUGUAACGCCAGUUCCGAAUAUCAUCAGGGAACAUAAACCUGAAGUGAGAAAAAAACACGAAAAUAAUAUUAGCGGUGGGCAAACUCAAGUUGUCAAUCAUUAUAAGAAAUACGAAUCUUCAAACUCUCAAAAAGUCAACCAGUUUUCCGAAGAAGAUACUUCGUCUACUACAACUGAAAGCUCUGUGCACGAAGAUACUGCCUCGUAUAAGGAAUGUGACCGUACAUAUGUUAAAUCUGACAAACUUCAAAGGAAACCCUCAGCAAAGAAAGCAAAACCACAAACUGUACCCGCCGUUCAAUCUAUAGAUUACAGGGAUAAUUACGAAGGGGAUUGUGAUGAUGACGAUUAUGAUAAAGAAAAACAAGACAAUCCAAAUCGGUGGAAAACUAGUACAACACGUUCAAAUACAAAGCAUCAUCAUCCGUCACGAUCCAACAAUGAUAUAUCUUUCAAGAUACCUCGUCAAAGCAAAAAUCAACCUCGCAAGGAAAAAGUCAAUCAAAAACGUCGUGCAACCGACAAGGCUCAUUCCAAAUCUAUUUCGUUACAAGGGACUUCAUCGCCAAGAGAUGAGUGCAGACCAAUACCACCUGCAAUUCCACCUCCGCUGCCUCCACCACCGUCCUGCUGGGGUGAAAACAGAGCCAAGUUCAGCGAUGUUGUUGCUCGAAAUCAAGAUAGCAUUUCAAUUUUUGGGAAUGCCAGUUAUCCACCCAAAAUUCGAGCAAAGCCGUCAGAAAUAUUUUCUUCCUCCAAUAUGCAAACAAAGGUCAUAGAAACUCCUUCUCAAGAAGUAUGUGAACACACAUCCACGCCCGCCAAACUGAAAUUAAUCUCUGAAUUUCCCAUUGAAAAUCAACAAUUCGAUACCGACAAGAUGGCAAAUCAAGAGAUUUUGUCAAUGCAGACAGCAAAAUCUCAUUUAAAUAGUUUUUUUAUCAACACAUUUACCGAAACUCCCUUUGAACCAGAGCUAGUGCCAUAUGAAUUACCAGAAACUGACGAACCACUGGUUGAGCUCGAAAGUCUUGAAAGCGGUCCAGGCAGUGCACUAUGGGAUGAUAGCGGUGCCAUGAUAAGCCUUCUUCGGGAUAAUGCGUCUAACUUUCAAGUCGAGCAACCAAAAGCUGUUGACAAAACUGCUAAUUUAUCAGAUACUUUAAAGGAUAAUUGGGUCACGGUGGAAACGAAUUGGGAGCCAUUAUACACUCGAGGUGCAGUUGGUGAAGAACGUAGUGGUGUUUGGGGCGUUAAUACGGGAGGGGUAUGGGCGGCUGCACCAUGGGGAGCUCCUACCCCACCGACAGACGUGCUACAACCCUCUACGACGAUGCAACAAGCUAAACAAGAAGUCCGGGACCGCUCUGGUUUCGAUCCUUUCCGUUCCCUCAGUACGAUUUGGACGCCGUCAUCGACAGAUCCCUGGAAAUCAAAUCUCCAAAAGUAAAUAUCAUGUUUUAUUUCAACAUCGUUUAUAUUGGAUUGUAUAUUUGUAAUGAUACUUGUGAUCGUAGAUCCUGAUUUUCUAUCAUGAUUCAUAUUCAUGUUUCGUUGACGAAUCGAAUGAUUUGCUUUAUUCGAUCGAUCUACUUUAUUUUUAUGCAUGUUUUUUUAUAUUUUAUUUUAACCGGUCGUAUACGUUCAGGAUAAUAAGGUCACAAGUUAGCAUUACGAAUCGACAAUUCCCACCGGAAAAAGUUUUUCUACCAAGAAAAUCUUCAUUUUUAAUAAUAUGGAACGCAUUCGACGAUGUUAUUUUCUCUUGAUUUUUUAUUAGUUAGUUCGUAAUAAAACAUUUACAAAUAUGAUACAUGUCAAACCGGCUAUUGAAUCUAUGAACAACGUUUUGCGCUAUAACGACACUUAUGUUGUCUCUUUCGAUUAUUUACUUUGAACCAAACUUGACGAAUAAUUGCUGCUGACCUGCAAAUGGAUAAUAAGUUUUACUGUCCAACUUUGAUAAUGAUGAAAUAAAAGUUCACCGUUAUACAUGGACAAACUUUUGUCAUUAAAGAAUAUCAAUUGUUUGGACAGAUUCUAUAGCCCUUCAGCUGACAUCCUGCAUUAAUAGAAAAUAAUGGAUUUUUAUAAAGGCUUUGAAUAUUAUUAUUAUUAUCAUCCUUCUGCACUACUCUGAUUACAACUGCAUAACAAGUUUCGAUGUCAAUAGCGUUUGCGUAUCGUGAAUAUUACUAUUCAGCCUACAACUCGUUACACAAUUAAGAUGUGUAUUUUGAGCGUAAUCCCAAUUUUAAUAAGAUUUUUUUUUUCCGAUCAAUUUUGUCAAGUCCAAAUCACCAAAUGAAUCUGUGAUAGAUGACUGCGUUAACUGUAAAUACCUAAGUAGAUUAUUUUGACGACAUAUUGUUAUGACUUUAACUAGACACAUGCUUUGAGUUUCCACAUUUUCGUAGUCACUACUAUAUUAUUAUAUCUUUAGGUAAUUAUCAUAACAGCGCAACAAACAAUAGUCCUAAGCAAGUGUGUGAAUUUUUUCUAUUCAAACAUAUUCAACCGAACCAUCAGAGUAAAUUAAAUUUUGAUAGCUAAAUUGA